UACGAUGGAAACUGGUUACCAGAGAAUUAAGAGAGAGAAAGAGGAAAAAACGCAUCUUGUUCUUGAACCUGGGUUGAAGAAAUAUGGAAUUACGAUGCAAUAUAGCUAGCUUGAUGCACCGAUUGCCGAUUCAUAGAGGACGAAAAUCUGAAUACGCUUGAUCCCACACUUCGAUAAUCCUUUAUAGAAUAUUCUGCUUCUUCCAAUUCGCGCUACCCUAACUCUCUGCUGCUAUCCUUCUUUUGAUUGUUAUAAUACAGCAGAAGGAGGAGUGAAAGCAGUAAGAGAGGAGAGGAAGAAAGGAAGGAAUUAUGUCAGCUUCGCAGGCCUUAGGCGGUCCUUCUCGUUGUGGAUGGGUUCUAGGGCCAUCACUAGACAAAAUCGUUAAGAAUGUGGCAUGGAGAAAGCAUUCUCAGCUGGUCGCGGCUUGUAAAUCGGCUAUUGACAAGCUAGAUACUCUCGCUGACUCUUCCGAUCCGGGUUCAUGUUCUCCUUUAUACGGUUUCUCUCUUUCCGAUGGAGAAUUCGUACUCCAACCUUUACUCAUGGCUCUCGAUUCUGGUUCAACUAAGGUAUUAGAGCCUGCGCUUGACUGUCUCUUCAGAUUGUUCUCAUUUGGCCUCAUUCGCUGCGAGAUUGAUCGUCCUCCCGAGGGCACAUCUCCUUCAAUUGUUUACCGUAUUCUUGAAUCUGCUUGUAAAUGUAGUGGUCUUGGAGAGGAGACAAUUGAGCUGGCUGUGUUGAAGCUGCUGCUUUCAGCUGUUCGAUCUCCUUGCACGUUGAUCAGGGGUGAUUGUCUUCUGAACAUUGUUAGGAUUUGUUAUAAUGUGUAUCUUGGUGGGUUAAAUGGGACGAAUCAGAUUUGUGCGAAAGCAGUUCUUGCUCAGAUGAUGGUAAUUAUUUUUGCCAGGGUUGAAGAAGAUUCAAUGCUAGUUCAUUUCAAGACUGUGUCUGUUGCUGAGCUAUUGGAGUUCACAGAUAGGAACUUGAAUGAAGGGAGUUCCAUCCAAUUUGUUCAGAAUUUUAUAAACGAGGUUGUGGAAGUGAAAGAAGGUGUCGCUGAUUCAAAAAUAUUCGCACUAUCUCUUGUGGCCAAUUCUACACCGGUGGAUGGCAGUCAGAAUAAUCCAGAGGAUGGUGAGAUGGAUGGGGCUGAUGCUGGUAGUACCACAAAGAUUAGAGAAGAUGGUUUCUUGCUUUUCAAGAACCUUUGCAAAUUAUCAAUGAAGUUCUCUGCUCAAGAUCAGAAUGAUGAUGAAAUUCUUCUGAGGGGAAAAGUACUGUCUUUGGAACUGCUAAAGGUGAUUAUUGACAACGCUGGCCAAGUUUGGCGCAGCAAUGAGAGGUUCCUCAAUGCUAUCAAACAAUUCCUUUGCUUAUCAUUGUUAAAGAACAGUGCACUUUCAGUUAUGACGAUCUUCCUAAUUCUAUGCUCUAUUUUCAAGUGCUUAUUAUCAAAAUUUCGGUCAGGGUUGAAAGCGGAAAUUGGAAUCUUCUUUCCCAUGCUUAUUCUUCGUGUCCUUGAGAAUGUGCUUCAGCCUAGUUUCUUACAGAAGAUGACUGUUCUUAAUUUUCUGGAAAAGAUAUCGGGGGACUCCCAGAUUGUUAUUGACAUUUUUGUCAACUAUGACUGCGAUGUGGAUUCUCCAAAUAUAUUUGAAAGGACUGUCAAUGGUCUGUUGAAAACUGCACUAGGUCCACCUCCUGGUUCAACUACUACUCUAUCUCCUGCUCAAGAUGCUACUUUCCGGCUUGAGUCAGUAAAGUGCUUGGUCAAAAUUAUUGAGUCAAUGGGCAUUUGGAUGGACCAACAACUCAAAAUCCAAGAUUUUAGUACACCAAAAGGUUCUUUCUCAGACGGUUCUUCUAUUAAUCGUAAUAUCAGCAUUGGAGAGGAAGGAGUUCUAGCUGAUGCCGAGUUACACACAGAAGCAACUUCAGAAUUUUCAGAUGCUGCUCUCCUGGAGCAACGCCGAGCUUACAAAUUAGAGCUUCAGAAAGGAGUCUCUCUUUUCAAUCGAAAACCUUCUAAGGGCAUUUCCUAUUUGAUAAACAGUAAAAAAAUCGGUGAUUCUCCUGAAGCAGUGGCUGCUUUCUUGAAAAAUACAGCUGGUCUCAAUGAAGCAAUGAUAGGAGAUUAUCUAGGUGAUAGGGAGGAGUUUCCCUUAAAAACAAUGCAUGCAUAUGUAGAUUCAUUUAACUUUGGAGGAUUGAGCUUUGGUGAAGCGAUUAGAUAUUUCUUAAGAGGCUUUCGGUUACCAGGAGAGGCACAGAAGAUUGACCGCAUCAUGGAAAAGUUUGCAGAGCACUUCUGCAAAUGCAAUCCUGAUUCGUUUUCUAGUGCAGAUACUGCUUAUGUUCUUGCUUACUCUGUAAUUAUGCUUAAUACUGAUGCACAUAAUAAUAUGGUGAAAGAAAAGAUGACCAAAGCUGACUUCAUUCGGAAUAACCGAGGCAUUAAUGAUGGCAAGGACUUGCCUGAAGAGUAUUUGGGUGCUUUAUAUGAUCAAAUUGUGAAGAAUGAGAUUAGGAUGAGUUCUGAUUCUUCUACUCGAGAAAACAAGAACAAUAAUAGUCUGAAUAGAUUGUUGGGAUUAGAUAGUAUACUCAAUCUAGUCUGGAAGCAGACAGAAGAAAAACCACUGGGUGCAAAUGGGCUACUCGUAAAGCACAUACAAGAUCAGUUUAAGGCAAAGUCAGGAAAGUCUGAAUCUGUUUAUUAUGCUGUUGCGGAUGCUGCAAUACUGAGGUUUAUGAUGGAGGUUUGCUGGGCACCUAUGCUGGCUGCAUUCAGUAUGACUCUUGAUCAGAGUGAUGUCAGAGCAGCUACCUCUCAUUGCUUACAGGGUUUCAGACAUGCUGUACAUGUUACUUCUGUAACUGGGAUGCAGACACAGAGAGAUGCUUUUGUCACUACUGUUGCCAAGUUUACAUAUCUCCAUUGUGCUGCAGAUAUGAAACAGAAAAAUGUCGAUGCUGUUAAGGCUAUAAUAUCAAUUGCCAUUGAAGAUGGUAAUUAUCUUCAGGAAGCUUGGGAGCAUAUCCUAACAUGCCUUUCUCGGUUUGAGCAUCUACAAUUAUUGGGAGAGGGUGUACCAUCUGAUUCAUCAAUUUUUACUGCAAAAAGCUUCGAAGCUGAGGAGAAAAUGCUUAAAUCUACUGGCCAUCCAUCACUGAAGAGGAAGGGUACCUUACAGAAUCCAGCUAUGGCAGCUGCAGUCAGAGGAGGUUCAUAUGACAGUGCUACUCAUGGAAUAAAUACUUUAGGACUAGUAACUCAAGAACAGAUGACUAACUUCAUCUCAAAUUUGAAUUUGCUUGAGCAAAUUGGGAAUUUUGAAUUAAACCACAUAUUCGCACAUAGCCAACGGUUGGACAGUGAGGCAAUUGUGGCUUUUGUGAGGUCACUUUGCAAGGUUUCAAUGUCUGAACUUCAAUCUCCUACAGAUCCUCGUGUGUUCAGCCUCAUCAAAAUAGUCGAAGUCGCACAUUACAACAUGAGCCGAAUCAGAUUGGUCUGGUCUCGCAUAUGGAGUGUUCUGUCAGAUUUUUUUGUGACGGUAGGAUUGUCGGAGAACCUCUCAGUUGAAAUCUUUGUUAUGGACUCAUUGCGCCAGCUUUCCAUGAAGUUCUUGGAGCGAGAGGAGCUGACAAAUUACAAUUUUCAAAAUGAAUUUCUUAGGCCGUUUGUGAUAAUUAUGCAAAAGAGCAAUUCAGCUGAAAUUAGGGAGUUAAUUGUUCGAUGUGUUUCCCAGAUGGUUCUCAGCCGUGUCAACAAUGUAAAGUCUGGAUGGAAGAGUGUAUUUAUGGUAUUCACAGCAGCUGCUGCUGAUGAUAGGAAGAAUAUUGUCUUGUUAGCAUUUGAAACAAUGGAAAAGAUAGUACGUGAAUAUUUCCCUUACAUCACAGAGACUGAUGCUGUGACCUUCACUGAUUGUGUGAAGUGCCUCGUAACUUUUACCAAUAGUAAAUAUAACAGUGAUAUUAGUCUCAAUGCCAUUGCUUUUCUACGGUUAUGUGCCGUGAAACUAGCAGAUGGGGGCCUUGAAUGCAAUGAUAAUACCAAGGUUGGUGAUUCAGAAAUUUUGGUAGAAGGUGAUAACAGUUCAGAUGGACAGAAGUACACAUAUGACCAUGAUCAUACAUCCUACUGGAUUCCUUUGCUCACAGGUUUAUCGUCACUUACAUCAGAUCCUAGAUCAGCUAUCAGAAAAAGUUCCUUGGAGGUUCUUUUCAAAAUUCUCGAGGAUCACGGCCAUAUAUUUUCCCAGAAAUUGUGGGAAAGUGUGCUGAACACUGUAGUCUUCCCUAUGUUCAGUUACAUGCACAACCCGAAAGAAAUGCAGAACUUCAGUGAUGACCAAUCAUCACCGACUAAAGGAACUUCACGGCCUGAAGGAAUUACAUGGGACUCAGAAACUUGCAUGGUGGCAGUUCAGUGUCUGGUGGACCUAUUUAUUAGUUUUUUCAAUGUAAUGAGAUCUCAACUCUCUCUGGUGGUAUCGAUUUUGGGUGGUUUCAUAAAAAUCCCUGGACAAGGUCCUGCAAACACAGGGGUAGCAGCUUUGAUGCGGUUGGCUAGUAAAUUGGGAGACAGGCUAACAGAAAAUGAAUGGGGUGACAUCUUUCUUGCUUUGAAAGAUGCUGCCUCUUCUCCCCUCCCUGAAUUUUUGAAUCUUUUGAAAACCAUGGAUAUUUUAGAGGUUCCUGAAGUUUCCAAUUCUUACAAGGACUUGGAAUUGUAUCCUAGCACUGAUUUAACCAACGGUAACCCCGAGGAUGACAAUCUACAAACUGCAGCAUAUGUUGUUUCCAGGUCAAAGAGUCAUAUAUCAACUCAACUUCUCAUAUUGCAGGUUAUAACAGAUUUAUGUGCAAAGUAUCAUCAAUCAUUGUUACCUAAUAACACCAUAGUGGUGCUAGAAAUAUAUUCACUAAUAGCAUCUCACGCCCACAACCUCAAUUCCGAGUCAAGAUUGCAGAUAAAACUGCAGAGGGCAUGCACCUCUCUAGAAAUAUCUGAGCCACCGGUGGUUCACUUUGAGAACGAAUCUUACCAAAGUUACCUGAAUUUCCUUAACGAUAUACUUUCCAACAAUCCUUCUUUAUCUCAGGAGAUGAAUUUGGAGCCUCGGUUCUUUUCAGUUUGUGAAACUAUUUUGAAGAUAUACUUGAACUGUUCUUCUGAAUCACAAACAACAGCUAAUAAUAAGAAGAAGACACCACCAACUGUUCACUGGACUCUCCCACUAAGUUCUGUGAAAAGGGAAGAGUUGGCUGCCAGGACUCCAUUGAUUGUUUCAACUCUCCAAGCACUUCGCAAUUCGGAACGCGGUUUGUUUAGAAGGCAUGCUACGCAAAUAUUCCCGAUUCUAGUAGAUCUUAUUCGGAGCGAGCAUAGUUCUGGAGAAGUUCAGGGAGCUUUAAAAUCAUUGUUUCAGUCAUGUAUAGGACCCAUUUUAAUGAAAAAAUGAUUAUAAAACUAUACCGUAUUAUAACUUAUAUAUUCUUCCUUAACCAGCUCAGCAUUAUUUUGUUAAUUUGUUUGGAUUCUUUUCUCUUUUGAAUUUUGUGAAUGUAACACUACUUAUUUUACAAUAAAAAUCAUGUACAUCUCUUUUUUUCAUCAAU